UCAAUAAACCACGACAUGAGCCACAGCCGUGUGGUAUGCUAAAGUUUGCUAUGGCUACAGGUUGAAAGAGCGUUUUACGGAGAUACCACUGUGGAGUAUUCUGGAUACCAUUUUACAUUACAAUAGUCUACCGGUAUCCACCUCCGCUACCAUAGGGUGUUAGCUGUAUAAGUCUUCACCACGCUGCGCAUCUCAAAACGUUUGCAGGACACACCCAAAAGGAACUUAGCAAAUCUGUAUGACGACUUCUUCUUUUUCCCGUGGAAUAUCAAUCUCCUGAAUGAACCAAUGAGUGCCCUAUACAACUUAUAAUUUCUCUUGUUGGGGUCGACAAUAAUGACAGAACAGGGACAAUGGUGGAAAUUAAUUCUUUGUGGAUCGUGUUGAUGGCAGCAGGUUACGUAAUCGCAUUUGUGAAAAAGAAAUCUCAUUGAGAUUAUAGGCAGUUACGCCAUUUUUAUUGCCGAAUGCCGCAUUUUAGUUUGUAGACGACCUGUUUGGUAAUAUCCCAACGAAGUAUAAGGUGUCCCACCCAACCAUGGAGAUGGAUAUUGGACCAGGGAGGUUCGACUCCAUGGAGAAGCUGUUCUUGGCAGCUGCCGAGAAUGGGGACAAGAAGGCCAUUAUGUACGCCCUUGAGAAAGCCCCCGAUUUGAAUAUCAACUGCUUCGAUAAAGAUGGCAGAAGUGCUUUGGUCAUUGCCAUACAAAAUGGAAACUCCGACAUAAUCAAGGUGCUUCUGGAACACAGUGUACAACUUGGGGACGCCCUCUUGCGAGCAGUUGAUGAACAGUUUACCAAUGCUGCACAGAUGAUCUGCGAAUACAUCAAGCAGAAAAAUAUCCCGGAAUUCCUCAACUGUCGAGCGUUGAACGGCGACUUCCAUCCGGACAUCACGCCCAUCGUGCUUGCCUCCCACCAUAACAACUACGACAUCAUCAAGAUCCUUCUAGAGUACGGAGCACGGAUUGAAGAUCCGGAAUACUAUGCCUUCAGCACUCAGACCCAGACCCUCCAGCACUCACUAGGCAUGUUGAAUAUCUACCGAGCUCUGGCCAGCCAAGCCUAUAUAUCACUGACAAGUGCCGAUCCGAUCCACACGGCAUUCGAGAUGUGCGUUAAACUACGGAAGCUUUCGAUGAAGAAUCCGGAAUUCUCGGAGCAGUUCCAGGAGUUGGCUGGCCAGUGUGAGCAAUUCGCGGCUGAUAUUCUGGGUCACAUUCGGAACCACAAGGAGCAGACUUGUAUUUUAUACCACGAUCCUUACCUCUGGGGAGCGUACGUCGAGGGAAAUGGAGUCGGACCAUAUAAGGUCAAGAUUGCUAUCCAUUAUGAACAGAGAAAGUUUGUUGCACAUCCCCACUGCCAGCAGAGGCUUACUCAGCUGUGGUACGAAGGUCUCCCAAGAUGGUACGACACCAACUGGCUUUCCUCCUCCAUCUUCUCCGUGCUCGUUGCCGUCUUCUUUCCGAUACUUAGCAUCCUGUACAUCAUCUACCCCUGGGGCAAGAUCGGAAGCUUCAUGAGAGUGCCCCAUGUUCAGUUUGUGUGCCAUACAUCAUCGGGUCUGUUUUUCCUCCUACUGCUUGGUCUUCAGUCGUCCAGAUUGACGGAUGAUAUUGGGGAGUUAGUCAACAUGGACACUCGGAUGGAUAGACCCACUUUUACGGAAUGGCUCGUCAUCUCUUGGGUUGUUGGUUUAACUUGGGCCGAGAUAAAAGAACUAUGGUACUAUGGUUCAAGAUAUCUCAAAGACCGGUGGAAUAUACUGGAUUUCCUGACCCUCUCUCUCUAUUGGGCCUCAAUCGCUCUGAGGGUGGUAGUGUACGUACAGGCUGAGACCAGGAAGACUGAACAAAUGGCACAUGCCACCGAGAUACCCUUUUCCACAAUGAUGAACUAUAACUAUAGCUUUCCACCUGACGAUGAAGACUCCACUAGCACACCCAGUGGCGAGAUGCCUUACAAUACAACCCUCGGUACCGACAUCACCACCACUGGAGAACCCGUGAACUUGGAGCGUCUCUAUCAAUCCAUCUUGACCAUCUCGUCUAAGAUUGAAGAUCUGAAAGCUGAUCGUGAUCAAAACGACGAGGAGGUUGAGGAGAGAUUGGUCAUGCUCAAUGUGAUGGUCGAAAACAUGAACAAGACAAUGGCGGAGUUUAUCGAAAGCCAACAGGACGUAGAGGACAUUGGGGGAAGCUCGAGGCCUGGGGCUAACCCGCAACGACGGAGGGGCGGUUCAGGGGCCGGUGGCGGCAGCAUUUUCUCCCUAACAGAAUAUAUGAACACCAACAGUUCUGGCAGGGUUAAUUGGGACUCAUUCGAUCCUAUGCUGAUCUCUGAAGGGCUGUUUGCAAUAGCUAAAGUACUGAGCUUCCUGCGGCCCAUUAGUCUCACAGUGAUGAAUCGCCACGUUGGGCCAAUGCAAAUAUCACUCGGUGGUAUGAUGUUUGAUAUCACCAAAUUCAUGCUCAUUUUCUGCUUUGUCCUAUUCGCCUUUUCUCUUGGUAUGAAUCAACUUUACGGGUAUUACGCCACCAUUAAACACAAAAUGUGUACAAAUGAGGAUGAACUGUCUUGUCGGAUGUAUUUUAGCACUCUUCCAGAAACAAUGGGGACUUUGUUUUGGGCGCUUUUUGGUCUUCCUGAUCUGGACAUCCUGGACCUGAGGCAUGCGAACCAUACUUUUACAGAGGGUGUGGGUACGGGACUAUACGCUGUCUAUCACAUAAUUGCCAUUGUGGUCCUGAUGAAUGUACUCAUUGCUAUGAUGAGCAACACGUAUACUCGCAUUGAGGAAGAUGCUGAGAUACAAUGGAAAUUCUCAAGAUCUAAAUUGUGGAUGACGUAUUUUGAGGGUCGAGGAACCAUACCACCCCCAUUUAACGUCGUCCCUACACCCAAGACGUUUGGGUACAUCUGUAAGUGGAUCUGGGACAGGUUACACGGAGCACAGUCUCGACAGGAGAAGAAGGAGAGGAACAAAGCGUUUAUGGAGGAAAGAGAAAAGCAAUAUAGGGACAUCAUGGGUAAGCUGGUUAGGCGGUACAUCUUCGAUGCCAAGAGGGAUGACGAAGAAGGAAACCAAGAGCAAUGGGUCAACCGCAUCAAGCAAGACAUCUCAGGCUUCAAGUAUGAGAUGUUCGAGGCCCUCUCAGGAAUGGACUCUAAGAUGCAAGACAUGGAGACGAGGAUAGCUAGCGGACCACCAGAUACAACCGUCGGUACAGAGAUGUUCCAAAAGAUGCACGACUUCGUCAAGAAACCCCUUUCACGACCGGACAGUAUGGAAUCUGUCAAAUCAGGGUGCGAGGAACUUUGUGCUGCCGCUUCUCAGGAUUUGUUAGAUUCUAGAAACUCACAUCUUAACACAUCACCAGUGUAUGAUACUGGCGAGUUGGAGGGACCUUCAUCUAAGAACCGAUACAAGCCCAAGUCGCCAUCAUUACCAGCCAAUAUUGCCUCGUACAUGUACCCCCCAGAGUGGGAGAAGUAUGAACCUAUUCGCUUUAUUGAUGAGGAUCCGGAAGUGCCACUAUUGGGGAGUCCAAGAAACAGCAUCAGCAGUAAAAAGAGGGGAAGCAGUAGGCGAAGACGAAGGCAUAGUGCCACACAUUUAAAUCACAUAGGAAGUGUUUCACGCAAUAAUAAAGACGUUGUUGAAAACAUGCUGGAAAGCGCCACCAAGGUCUGACCAAACCCUCUCCUCCUCAUUUUUAACCAGCUUGUUUUGAGACAUUUUUGAGGAGUUGUUUCUCUUUCUUACUGCACAACACGGUGGCAGUAAAUGGCCUCUUGGUCAACAAGAUUAAGGUCAUCCUUAUAUAUUUAGGUUAUAUUCAUGCUAAGAUUUUGUAUGUCUAAAUAAUAUUAUGAGGAAAUUGUAAUUUUAACAGAUUUAUACAUUAUCUUGUUUUAACGCAUGCUCCCCGAUAACGCCUAUUCUAUUUAUAAUUAUUACUUCCUUAUUACUAUAUACACGAGUAGUUUGAAUUAUUGGUAGUUUGUAGGAGUUAUUCCUGUAAUUAUGAAGAACCGAUUUGUGUUGGUUUAUAGAUGUCGUAAUUUAACGUUCGUUAGAAGCUGAGAAAAAAAUGCUAAAAAAUCUUGGAUGGUUGUUCCAGGCAUUCAACAUAGAUAAAGACUGUAAAAGAGUAUCGUGAGAUAAAAUGUCAUUGUUUACCAUUUUGUAAAGGUUUUGAUGAAACUUGUCAUUAUUUGAAAAAAAAUCUUACAAACUGAAAAUAAUUCCUACCGAAUCAAGUAGAAACCGUAACUGUAUGCAUACCCGUUAAUUUUAAACGGAGACGUAAAUGGAAGCGUUUGAAGAAAUUCGUGUGCUCGUAAAGCAGUGAAUCCAUCUCCGUGAUGACGUCACACCUAACGUCAUAUAUUGCCUAAAAUUAAUGAAUUCACUUCUUCUGAAACUGUUAAAUAGCGUGCACAGAUCAAACACUUCCAAGGUAUAUAUACAACAUAUUGAGAAAGUCCACCGGUUUGUACAGAACAGUUUUCAUUCACUAUACGCGAAGAUGUUCUUUUAUAAGUUUGCAUCGUGUUGAAAUAGUUUUCACUAUUUGAUGAACGUUUUUCUAUAUUAUCAAGUUUGGGGUAAACCUCUUCAAUCCGAAGUAAGUGUUGAGCAAGUUACGGAGACGGUUCGUCGAUUGUAAUUCGUCUUAUAAAGUUUCAAUUGUUUAUUUGCUCCAUCCGUCAAGUUUUAGAGUCGAUAUUCUAAACCUAUUUAAUGUAGACUUGUUAUACAUAAUAUAAAUAAAUAUAUAAAUAUUUCAAUGAUUUGUAGGAAUAGUAUAAAAACGGUGUUGCUUGUGUAUUUAAAAACUACCUAAGUAACACAAGUCCUUUGCAGUACUUUAAAGACAAUACAGAAUCACAGAAUUCGAAUUUUCCAGCCAUUUUGUCAGGCUAUAAUGUAGGCAGUUAGAGGAGGUUUCUAACUAUAGAUUGUCAGUGUGUGGGGUAGAUGCUAAAGUGGACGAGAGAGUUGAGAGAUCGAGAUAGUGAGUUUUUUAAUUUUGAAAACUUGCAUAAUCAAGUGACUUGGAAUAAAAUGCCUAAACAUGAUAUAGAAGUGCAUCAAUCCUCUAAACAUAUCAAAAUAUGAUAGCGCCGUAAAUGCUUUCUAAUUGCAAAGUUCAAAUGGUUGUUAUUGCUUUACAUUCGGCGGUUUUUCAUACAUGGGUUCUGUUCGUUUGGUUAUCUAAAUAUCUAUAUAGAUGUUGCUUAGAAGAUAAAUUUUAGUAAUUAAUAUUCCCUUUGAGUGAAGGAGUGAAGUUGAGGACGGGUCAGAAGUUGAGAUGUACAAGAAUGUUACCGUGAGUAGGUUAUGGUGACAAUAGUGGUCCACGACUCGGGAACGGAAAGGUCCACAGUUUGAAAAACGUGUCGAAAACCAAUAGGAACUGUUGCAAAAAGAUGAACGAAAGAGGGACAUAAUGGAAGUCCACGGUCGAACUCGAAGGUGUAUACGAGCUUGUGUGAUAGGCCUACUGGUAUCAAUCUCAUCAUGUUUCUAUACAAUGCUAGCUCACUCUGUCAACGUCUGACAUACAGGGCCCAAUUUCAUAGAGCUGCUAAGCACAAAAAUUUGCUUAGCAUGAAAUUUCUUCCUUGAUA